AUGGAAGCUGUAGAGUUACAGGAUGAAAUUAUUGAGCAAGAGAAGAUUCCUUCAAUUAUCACAGAUGAAUAUUUAUCAGAAUCGCUGCAAAAGUAUGAAGAAUUCAUCAAGGAACUUCGAAGUCAGGGAAAUUAUGAGCUAGCAAAUCAGUUCCUUAAUUUAUCGACAAUCCUCGAAAAUGUUCACUUCCAGUUGAAAAGUGAGGAACGAAAAACGCAAGACUUACUUGAUCAGCAACUUGAUGCGACUGGAAAAAUUCAAGCUGCAUUAAAAAUCUCUCAAAAAGACAAUGACACAAUAGCAAAACUUAAAUGUGAAGUCACGAGUGCAUGGAAGGAGACAGAUGCAUCAAUAUUGAGGGAAAAUCACAUGAAUGAGUCCUUGAAUGUCACUAGAGAGCGUUACUUGACAUUAAAAGAGAAAUUACAAAAAUCCUCAAAACUUGAAAUGAACGAUGAACUUGGGGAACAUAAAUUGACAGUUUUACAGCAAUGUGAGCGUCUGCAUGUAGAAGUUGAGGAAGUAAAUAAGCGACUUUUUGUACAACGCGAAUAUUCUGAAGAGCUGCAAAAGAAGCUUGAUGAUUCACUUGAGAAGAAUCGUGAUUUAUAUCGAGAAUGGGAUGCAGCUACAAAUGACAGUCUAGUAAAUAAAAAGAAGGCUGAUAAGCUUCAAAUGUCAUUGGAUGAAAUUAAGGAAGACUUUGACAAGAAUUUGGAAAAUUUAAUUUAUUAUCAAGAAUCGAAUGAAAAGUUCCUUAAAAGGCUUGCAGAACGUGACAAGCAGGUCCAAAAUUUAACUGAUAAACUUGAACAAUUUCGUAGUGACAAUUCUUGGCUAAAAGAAGUUAAGGCUAAAUUAGAACUGACGAUGAAAUCAUACAAGACUGAGAUCAAAAAUAUCAAGCAUGAAUUAAAACAAUUUGAAUCGUACGCACGCUUAAAAGAUGAUCAAAAUAGAAAAUUAGUUGCUGGGCAUGAGCAGGAAGUGAAAAAAGUCGAGAAUCUUGUGAGGAAAAUUUGUAGUGUCGAGAAGCUUAUGAGUCAGCAAGAACAAGAAAUGUUGAUUAAAAAGAAUGAAAUUGUAACUGCUGAGAAGGAAAGAGACUUGAUUAAGAAGUCAAGUGAUGACGUGAAGCGUGAAAAUGAUAAAUUAAGUCAGAAGAUUGAGCAGUUAUUGAGGGAAAUUGAGCGGUUGAAUACAUCACUUUUGACACUAAAGCAAGAGAAACACAAGCUUGAAGAAGAGCAACUGCUCAUCAAUAAUGAUUUAAAAGUAUCAAUAGAACGUGAGAAAAAAUCGAGUGGAAAUGUGAAGAAACUACAAGCAAAUAUUGAAACAGUUGAGGCUGAAAAAAUGUAUCUGACUGAAUCAAUUAAGCAAUUAAAUGAAGAUGCAGAAUUCAGAAAGAAACAAUAUGAACAAAUUAAAUCAGAAUUGGAUGAAUCGAAUGAGCAAGUUUCAUAUUUUAAGCAUGAAUAUAAUGUUGCAUUAAAACAUCUUAAAGAAGUCCGUUCUGACUAUCAACGAUGUCAUGAAAAGGAAUCAGACAUGAUUGAUCGAAUAACAAGAUGUAAGAAUCAAGUUGAUGAUCUUAAUAAUAAAAUGACAUUAAAAUUGACUGAAAUUUUGGCAUUAAUGAAGAAAAUUAAACAAUUGGAAAGAAAGAAUCGCGACAUUCGACGAGAAUUGGAGAAAUCUAAUGGAAUUUUAAAGUCAUGUCGUGUAGAAUUGAAAAAUUUCGAACAUGACAAUAGCUUGUUAAAAGAAGAAAUUCAUCAGAAUCAUGAAAGAUUUAUCAAAAUGAAAACUCAAGCUGAUAAAAUUGUCCGUGAACGAGAUUUAAUUGCCACACAAAUGUAUCGAAAGAAUGAUGAAAAUGCAUUGCUGGAAGAACAAGUGUCAAUGCUGAAAAUGUCAAUAGAGCGUGGAAAUUCAAUGUAUAAUGAACGAUUAGAGGACAUAAAAGUAAUGAAAAAUGAGAUCCAAAGUUUACGGUCACAAUGUAAUGUGCUUAAACGUGGACUUGAAAAUACUACUGAUAUGAGACAUGAAGUGCUGCAAUUGCAUCGAAAAUUGAAUCAAGAACGAACAAAAGCUAAGGUUCUGGAAGAUGAAAUGAAGACGCCAAUGAAUGUCCAUCGAUGGAGGAAAUUAUGUCAUCGAGAUCCAGGUCGAAUGGAAUUGUUGAGGAAGUGCCAAAGAUUACAAAGGAACUACUUAAAAGAGUCCACCAGAGUUUUAAAAUCUGAAGAAUUGAUAAAAGUUCUGCAAGAUCAGAUUUCAAGUUUGAAGAAGAAACUUUCGAGAUGUCCAAAUCAAGAUGUUUCUGAAAAGCUUUUGUUUACUAGGUCUAAAUUACAAGAAAAUACAAAACGAAUGAAAGCAGCAAUUGCCAUAUCUCGAGCAACGGAAUGUGAAGUUUAUAAAAAAGAUAAAGAAAUUGCUGAGACACAAAAAGAACUGAAUGUUAUUAAGUGUCAGCUGUUCAAAGAGAAACGAACGAAGCAGAAGUUGAUACAAAAACUGAACGAGUCGAGGAAAAAUUCGGAAAAUCUUGAGUUUGAAAAGGAAGUGAAUGAAAAGCUGAAAACUCUUGGGAAUGCAUUGAAGCGAAGUUUGUUGACUUAGUUUUGUUGCACAACCUGUGAAAUUUGAUUUCUUCUGUUUUAAAAUUCAAAUUAUUGAAGCUGUUUGACUGGUUUUGUUGAUUUUCCCCAUUUUUUGCACAAAAUUUUAAGUUUAAUAAAUUCUUCUGUUUUUGGAUGA